AUGGGCCGCCUGCAGCAUCCAGUCAUCAAGCAGUUCUUCGACCGAGGAGAGAAGCUGAAGGAUAAUUCCAACCGCUAUGUUCACAGCUGCAAACUCUGCGGCGAGGUCUUUAAGAAGGGUCGGGUCGAGAGCCUGAGAAAGCAUAUCACAAAGAAGUGCACCAUGAUCUCUUCUCAGGAACGCAUCAACGCUGCCCUCCGCUUUGCCGAUAUCGAUCCUCAGCGGCCGGAGUCGUCUCGGCAGGCCAAGCAGCAGUCACGACAAGCUCAGCACGGGAUGACUCCCCUGAACCUUGAUAUGCUGCCGCACCAACAGAGCUGGACCCGUCUAGAGGCUCUCGCAGAGGUCUCUCGCCGUAUGGACCGUGACGAUCGAGAGUUUGGGGAGGACGACGGUCAGGCUCAGCAACAUCAGCACAUGUCUGCUGCUGAUCACAUGUCUGAUAGUCUCUUGAUGAACUCGUCGUCCGGCGCUGCUGCGCAUGCUGGGUCCAACCCAUUCCACGUCCACGAUCAAUUUGCCUUUUCGAGCCCCCAGUCCACACCACAGAAGGACCAAUCACAGCAGCUUCAGCCACAGGACAAACAAGUUGGUAUCGAGAAGCAGGCCCGCCCUGCUGAUGAGGUUCUAGACUCCAUCAACAACCCCGCCAUAUCAGUCGCUACUGCAGCCACAGCACGGCUGAAUACAGGAUCACUGCUUGCCCGAGCUAUUGGGGAAGCUUCGCGCGGCUCAGCCACACCUCCUCUUCCUCCUCCUCCAGCAGCCUCCCACGUCACAGCACCUACAGGGCCAUUUCCGACGAUCAACAAUUUUAGCACGGACAGACAGACGCCAGCGCAGAUGGAGACACUCUCUACAUUCAGCAGCGCACUGGCAGCAGGCGACGGCCAGUCUAGGCCCUCUACAGGCCAUGAUUCCGGUCCCGCACAACUGCCGUGGGGUGAGUAUACAUUUGGCGCAGGUACGAACGAACCAGCGAGGCUUCCCGACAUACGCCCGAUGAUGGGGGAGCCAUCGCGCUCCGUCUUUCGCGUUGAUCGAAACGGCGGCCGAGGACGACACGCACGGGCUCGAUUUUCGGAGCCGCGCAGGAGGGAGGUCCAGAAUAUAAGAAAGAUUGGUGCCUGCAUUCGCUGCAGGAUAUUGAGGAAGACGUGCUCCGAUGACACCCCUUGUCUGACCUGUCGCAAGGUCUUGUCCCCUCGCGUCUGGCGCUCUGGCUGCAUCCGCACCAAGAUUACCGAAAAGAUAGACCUUUUCAAUGCUCGCCUUCACGAGAAUCACCGCAAGGCCGAAGUUGAUACCUGCAAGGCCAAGUGGAAUACCAAGUAUCCUAUUGUUGUGCUGCAGGCCACUCAUUCAGAUGCCGGUACUGUCCUUGGCUGCGAGGCACUCCUCGGCACCGAGCCUGCUGCGAUUUUUGAUCCCACGCUCGGCAGGGAGUACCAGACUGUCUUUCCAAAGGUUGUCAUGAUCGAUCCCAACGAUGACCUCCCCGACAGGAUGCAGACCUAUGUCAGCGAGAUACUGCCAGAGCUCAUCAGCAGGGAGGAGUCUGUCUUCUCACGCAUCACCCUCGAGACAGCCCUCGACCUGGCCAACAGGAGGCAUGUGCCGGAGCGGAGCCUGAAGCUGGCCCUCGAACUCUGGGCAUGCGUCGAGGUCAUCGAUCGGGAGACGAGCUGGAAGUUCAACGUUCAACCCUGUCCCGAGAUCCGAGAUGCCAUCGCCGGACCCAUCACGAGAGAAACAGACGAAGACGUCUACAAGAUGCUCGGGCUGCAGCUCACGGCGGCCGCCGAGCAGAGAGCCGAGCUUGUAAGCAAGGAGCUCCUCAGACACCUGCAGCGCGAUCUCCAGGAUGGACGUGCGACUAUUGACGAGAAUAUGUUUUUCGCGGUACUGUUACUACUCAUCAGCGUGGAGAAGGCCAUCUGGGCGUUCAAGGUCUGGGAGCAGAUCUCUGCAAUUCAACACGGCUGGCCUCACCCUAGCAAGCAGCCGAGCUACUUUAUCGCACAGGGCGACCAGAUUGCUGAGCUCUUGCGCAUGCUGCUACAGAUCCGCAAGGCUAUGCCUAAGGUGGAGGUACGGGAUCGUGACGGUGUACUCGUGGUUGAGGAUUAUGGUUCCACCUAUUCCUCGUACUUUGAUCGAGUCAAGCUGAAAGCUGCCAAUGUCAUCAAGCGCCGACAGGACCCCCCGUUCAGACCCACCAACUCGCGAAGUCUGGAGCUACAUUUCUGUUCGACGAUCCUCCUUCCGGAGCAUCUGCUGCCCUCUCAAGAGCAGCCAGAGCCUUCGGCCCAGGCAUCUGAUGAGGCCUCAGCUGCCGACCCUGCUGCUGCUGCUGCUGCUGCUGCUGCUGCGGGGAACAUUUUCCAGCAAGAAUCGCAGACCAACGCACAAGACUUUGGUCAGGGCAGUGGUGACGACCAGGACGGUCUGCAGGCUGACUCUGGCUCGCAAACACCACAGGAGGCUGCUGUUGCAUUCUCAUCUGCUGGAUAG